AUGUUUGAUACUGUCUGCAGUUACCCACUACAUGCGGAUAUCUUCACGCAGGCCAUUCACCCUACGGAGCCAAUUGUCUCUGUUGGCCUUUCGUCCGGUCAUGUCGAGACAUUCAAGUUGCCUGCCGAGCAUGAUUCGGAGUCGGGGGAGAAGAAAAACGGGCUGGGGCACAUUGACACCAUCUGGCGAACGAGAAGGCACAAGGGCAGCUGCAGGAGUUUGACCUUUGGCAUCGAUGGAGAGAUGCUUUAUUCUGCUGGCACAGAUGGCUGGGUGAAGGCUGCAAAGUCAGAGACUGGGAAGGUUGUGACCAAAUUUGCGGUUCCUAUGCCUAGAGAUAAGCCUCUUCAUGAUACUGAUAUGCCUUGUCUCUUGCAUGCGCUAUCCCCGCAAACACUCCUUUUGGCAACUGACUCCAGCGCACUUCAUAUCUUUGAUCUUCGCACUCCCUCAACGGAAGUCUCUGCUCGUCCAGAACAGACGCACUACCCUCACGAUGACUACAUAUCCUCCCUUACUCCAUUACCGCCAUCCGAGACGAGCACAUCUGGGUUCAGCAAACAGUGGGUAACGACUGGAGGAACCACAAUUGCUGUCACCGACCUCCGAAGGGGCGUGAUGGUUCGAAGCGAAGAUCAGGGCGAGGAAUUGAUCAGCUCCACAUACGUCACCGGCCUGAAAGCCGGGGGAACUAGCAAGGGAGAGAAAUUGGUAGUUGGAGGAGGCAGCGGAAUCAUAACUCUUUGGGAAAAGGGUGCAUGGGACGACCAGGAUGAGAGAAUUACAGUCGACAAGUCACCGCUUGGCGGCGAGAGCCUGGAGGUACUGGCCAAUGUCCCAGACGAGAUAAGCAAUAGUAAAGUCGUCGUUGCCGGGCUUGGUGACGGACGCCUGAAAUUCAUUCAGUUGGGUAGCAACAACGUCGUCUCCGAAACCAGACAUGACGAUAUUGAAGGCGUGGCAGGCCUUGGGUUCGACGUUUGUGGAAGGAUGGUCAGCAGCGGUGGUUCGAUAGUAAAAGUAUGGCAUGAGGCACCAGAAACAACUGGGAAGGGGAAGGAUAACUGGGCACCAUCAAAACGGCAUCUUGAAGACAGUGAUGACGAUGAUGACGAUAGUGACAAGGAGGCUGAGGCAGAGAGUGAUGAAAAUGAAAAGGAGAAGAAGAGGAGAAAGCGGAAGAGAGGCAAAGGGAAAGAUCGAACUGGCGGCCAGCACGUCAUGGCCUUUAAGGAUCUUGACUGA